AUGGCCGACGAGGGUGGGUACUGCCCGUCCAAGUCGACGCUGUACGUGUCGAUGUUGCCGUACGCGUACACGAACAAUGACGUCGCGCAGCUCUUUACGGGCUUUGGCAAGAUCGCGCGCGUGACGAUCCUCCGCGAUCGAGAGACGCGGGCGAGCCGUGGUGUGGCCUUUGUCCAGUUUGCCCAGCCCGCCGACUGCGCGCGCGCGUGCGCCGCCAUGCACAACGUACCGCUCGAGUCGUUCACGCUCCACUGUUCGAUUUCCAAGGACAAUGGUCGGUCCACCGAGUUUAUCAAGAAGCGCAAGUACUCUGCGAAAAAAGUGUGUUUUGAGUGCCAAGGCGGCGGCCACUACUCGUACGACUGCCCGCGCAAUGUGCUCGGCGCGCGCGAGAAGCCCAAGAAGAAGACCACAAAGCGCCGCACCAAGUUUGAGUCGGGCGAAGCCGAGGUGUUUUUCGAUAUGGACGCGACGGACAUUGGUGUUGCCACGCUCGCGUACGACGCCAAGCCGCCUGCGUCGCCAACCGCGCGGCCUCGCAAACAGCUCAAGCAAGAUGCGUAUUUUAGCGACGAAGAUGCGUGCGACUGA